AUGACCAUCACAUUACAUGACGUGUGGCAUAUUCUUCGGAUUCCAGUUGGUGGGGCUAUGGUUUCAGGUCAGCCGAAUAAGGCUCAGCUGAUGGCUUACUGCGCACAGAUUUUAGGUAUUUCACCAGAGGAUCUGGUGAGUAAGACGAGCAAGCAUUUUGCCCAUGGAGGUGUGCUGAUUGAGUCGAUCAUCAGUUUAUGUAGGCAUGGCCGUACUGCAGAGGUGGAGGCGAUAGCCUGGAUCUGGUUGACGUUAGGUUGCACUCUAUUCACUGACAAGAGUGGCCAUCGGAUUAGACCUGCAACCAUAUGGGAGGUGCGGGACGGAGUCACAGAUACGAGUACAGUUUCCUGGGGCUCAGCUACACUAGCUUAUCUCUAUCGGCAGCUUGGAAUCUCAUCGAGAGGAGACUGCUCGGGUUUGACUGGGUGUCUGACACUGCUGCAGACAUGGAUUUAUGAGUACUUUCCAUGCUUUCGGCCCCAGCGAGAGCGGCUGUUGAUCGAGUCUCAUCUUCCUCGAGCUUCUAGCUGGAGUGCUACUGCGUCAGAUUGUUCAGCCACCCGACUUCGGUCCUUGCGAGCUCGUUUGGACACGCUGACUGCUGAGGAGAUCACAUGGCUCCCUUUUGGCGGCGAGCCUGCUGCCAGCGUAGAGCACACUGCAUAUUAUGGGUGGAUAGCGUACCGGGACAUUGUCGAGCCGUACAUGCCUUCUAGGGUGCUGCGACAGCUGGGUUAUGUGCAGACUGUACCUGUGCCAAUUUGUCGGCCAAUAGGGGCUGUUAGGUCCUGGAAGUCACUCAAGUACUCUGUGGACAUGAGUGUGACGAUUGUGGUUGACAUGUGGAACGCUUUUCCGGUCAUGUACAAGCUGCCGUUGGGAUUUGAGGAAGCCCACGUUAUUGCUGGAGGAUGCCAUCCAGCGUAG